GUUAGUCAGCCAGCAAAGUCUCUCGGCCCUGUCAGUCUGCAGAAGCAGUGCUCCUAAAGGCUGCAACACCGCUCUGAACCAGCAGCCUUCUCACAGUCUCUCGGCCCGGCAAGAAUGGACAGAGCCAAUCACAUCAACAUUGCAAUGAUUGAAGAUGUUGGCACCAACGGGACGGCUAGGUCAAAGGUUGUCUCGGCUAUGGACCAGAACAAGCAGCCGUGUGGCUCCACCAUGAGCUUCCACAACAUCCAUUACAAAGUGCAGCUGAAGAGCGGCUUCCUCUGUAAAAGAAAAACAAGUCACAGGGAAAUACUGAUUGACCUCAAUGGGCUCAUGAGACCUGGACUGAACGCUAUUCUUGGACCUACUGGUAGUGGAAAGUCUUCAUUUUUGGAUAUUCUGGCUGCACGGAAAGAUCCUUCAGGUUUGUCAGGAGAAGUACUCAUCGACAGAGCACCACAGCCUCCAAACUUCAAGUGCCUGUCUGGCUACGUGGUUCAGGACGAUGUGGUCAUGGGCACCCUGACAGUAAGAGAGAACCUGCGUUUCUCUGCAGCACUGCGGCUGCCGAGCUCAGUCCCUCAGAGUGAGAAGGAGGCUCGAGUCAAUCACCUCAUCGAAGAGCUGGGUCUCAGCAAGGUGGCUGACUGCAAGGUGGGCACACAGAUGACUCGGGGAAUCUCUGGAGGAGAGAGGAAGAGGACAAACAUUGGCAUGGAGCUCAUUAUUGAUCCCUCUGUUCUCUUUCUGGAUGAACCGACUACAGGACUGGACGCCAGCACGGCUAACUCUGUCCUGCUGCUGCUGAAAAGAAUGGCCAAUCAUGGAAGAACUAUAAUAAUGUCCAUCCACCAACCUCGAUACUCGAUCUACCGUCUGUUUGACACUCUGACUCUGCUGGUUAGUGGUAAAAUGGUUUACCAUGGACCAGCACCAAAUGCUUUGGACUACUUUGCCAACAUUGGUUUUCCUUGUGAGCCACAUAACAACCCAGCUGACUUCUUUCUGGAUGUUAUUAAUGGAGACUCAACAGCUACAACCAUUACAAAAAUGCACGAAUGUAAAGAUUUGGACUUAGAGGAGCUCAGCAGCUCUCGGCAGAGCAUCGAGGAGCGCUUGGUGGAUGAGUUCAAGAACAGCAGCUACUCCAGCGAAACAAGAGCUGAGCUGGAGGGCAUUGUCCAGGACAAAGAGUGUACAUCAUGUCCAAAAUCCCGCACCAUCACCUACAACAGCUCUUUCUUCCACCAGCUGCACUGGGUGCUCAGGAGAACAUUUCAGAACCUCAUGCUGAGCCCACAAAUCUCUGUGGCACAGGUGGGAGUCCACAUUUUCCUUGGCCUCAUCGUAGGAGCCAUUUUCUACGGGGUAAAGAAUGAUCAGAGUGGUAUCCAGAACAGGAUGGGAGCCCUCUUCUUCAUCACCACCAACCAGUGUUUCAGCACAGUGUCUGCAGCAGAGCUCUUCAUCAUGGAGAGGAACCUUUUUGUGCAUGAAUACAUUAGUGGUUACUACAGAGUAUCCGUCUACUUCCUGUCCAAGAUCUUGUCUGACAUCACUCUGCGCAUCCUCACCUCUGUCAUCUUCAGCUGUAUUGUCUACUUCAUGAUCGGGCUCAAAUCUACGGCAGCAGCUUUUCUGGUCUUCACACUGACAGUGACUCUGGUGGCAUUCACAGCCACAGCCAUGACCAUGGCCAUCUCAGCCGAUCAGAGCAUUGUGGCCCUUGCAAACAUCUUCAUGACCAUCAGCUUUGUCUUCAUGAUGAUUUUCUCAGGUCUUCUGGUGAAUCUACCCAGCAUCAUGGACUGGCUGGCCUGGCUGAAGUACCUCAGUAUUCCUCGAUACGGACUUGCAGCCUUGAAAAUCAAUGAGUUUAUUGGUUUGAAGUUCUGUGAGGAGUCUGUGAUCAGAAACACAAGCAUCAUGACUACAGAGACCAACUGCAGCAUGAGCACAGCUGGUUUGACAUGCACAGGAGAGCAGUACCUGGACUACCUGGGAAUAGAGUACACCCCCUGGGGACUGUGGGAAAAUCAUGUGGCUCUGAUCAUUAUGUCAUUCAUCUUCCUCAUCAUCGCCUAUCUGAAACUACGCUACAUCAAGAAAUUCACUUAAAUGUCUGAUUCAGCAUUUUGGUCCUAAGAUGGUCACCGAAAUGUUUCUCAUAUUGAAGGAGAAUAACUGUAUCUUUUUAUAAUAUUGAAUACUUUUGUGGCAUAAAGGUAGCUGAGAAGACUGGAACCUCUCCCUCAGAACAUGGACUUGAUGUAAACUGUAUUCGUGGUCAGUCUCAGUAUUCUACAGUCACAGCUUUCUGCAAACCAUAAUUCUGCUACUAUGAUCCACUUGCUGUUCAGUAUUCCUUACAUAUCUGCUUGUAUGUAUGCAGUUGGAGCCAAGGGGCUGUUAGCUUAGUCUAGCCAAGCUUAGCAUAUCUUAGCUUUGCCUAGCUGAAUGGAUGGAGGGCGGAGACACAGCUGCCUCUAUCUAACCACCACCACUGAUGUUCACUGUCAUCAUGAUUCUUUAAUCCACUCAAAAUACAGGUCAUUAUUUUUGGUUGGUGUUUGCCAAGAAAGAGUUUAAAGCUGCUGUUGGUAGUCGCAGAGUAAACAUCUGUUCAGAGAGAUCGGAGCAGGUAGUAGGGGCCACCCCUUAACCAAUCAGGACAGAGGAUUGGAGAUUAGCUAUGAUUGGUCCGUCAUAACGGGAACAAGGGGAAUAAUAACAUUGCUUGACACAAAGGCAUUGGGAAACCGAGAUUUCGCAAUAGUCUCAAAUUACUUCACUUACCGAUGAGUACCGAUGGGCAUUAAUGACCUUUCUCCAAACCCAUUAGAAAAAAGCAACCUUUUUUACACCAUUCCUACCCACAGCAGCUUUAACGGUUGAUUAUAUAUUUAUAAAAUAUUUAAAACAAGUAUUCAGCUUUAGGCCUGGCUGAAGCCUCAUUUCUAAACUUGCUAGCUGGCUCCUCCCUGCUUCCUUUCAUGGAGCUGAUCUACUGUCUUCCCUCCUGGCUCAAGACUUAAACUUGACCUAUUAGCUGUUGUAAUUUUCUUUUUUUUUGCAUAUAAGGACAGCAAGCUGUAGAAACAACAUUGCUAUAAUUUGUAUUACAAAGUAAAAACAUGCAGCGUCUUUAUUUGGUCUAGCUUAACGCUCCUCAAAGUUUAACAGCUGUUGUGUUUUGAGUAGGUUGUGUACAGUUAGUUUUAUGCCCCAUAAUGUUAUCUGACAACUUCAACAAUUUGAUUUACUGUAAAUACAUGCCAAUUAGAGUGGUUAUAACAUACACAACUGAGAGUAUGAAUCUUAUAUUAUCUUCAGUUAGUUAGCCAAUGUACCCAUAAUGUCAAGCUAUUUCUAUUUUUUGUUGAAUUUGGAUAAAGGACACAACACUUCUUCGGCUCUAUUUUAGUAGAUAUUUUUUUGGUUCAAAUUUCAGAUUAUAGUGAAAUUCGAUUACUUAUUUUUUUUCACAAUAAUACUAGAAGAGUACUUUGCAGAACUAAUUUUACAAGUUUUUACUUUGCUGAAAAAUAAUGUCCGAUGAUAUUUUCCUGAAAAAGUUGUGUACGUUAGUUGUGUUGUGUUUGGUUACACUAAUUAGUUGAUCUCAUUCUCAAUGUAAUGUGUGUAGAACCAAUAAUGUUUUUAUAUUUA